AUGGAGUUUAAAGAAAGGAACGAUGCAGGGAAAUUGGAAACAUGGCGUGUGGAAGACGGAUUAAGAAAAAAGGGUCCUUGUUCGUAUGGUGAAGAUGUCACAAUCAAUGAUGGGGUUGCAGUGGUUCCUGAUGCUCGAUCAAUGAACAAACUCCCAAAGAUAGAAGGUCUUCUCUCCUAUAGCUCUGACGACAGAAAAAUUUACCUCAAAGAAAGAUCUCAGUGGAAAGCUUUGGCAACUUGGCAGGAUAUCCUAGAUGUUGCUGGUAGACUUACAAAUUUCAAGCAAGAGUUCAAAAACGAAUUAACAAACGUGAAAAAAGAUGUGAAGGUGCUGACUCAUGGAUCAUGCAAAAAAAUAUUGAUGGGGCAAGGGAACCCUAGUAGUGGUGUUUACCAAAUCAGCGUUGGACGAAAUCAAGUGAUGAACGUCUACUGUCAGAUGUCGUCAGUCUCAGGUUGUUCUGGUGGAGGAUGGACAAUGGUUAUGAAAAUUGAUGGGAGCCAGAGUACUUUCGGAUACAGUUCCAGUUAUUGGUCGAACAAGAACACUUACCAUGACAAUUACUAUGGAAGAAACGGAGGUUUAGACGGCCGAGAGUUUAAAGGAGCAGCAUAUUGGAAAACUUCAUUUAAUGAAAUUUGUGUCGCGAUGAAACAUGGUGGUCAACUCAGAGCCCUCUCUUUCUUGCAUCCAGCAUUGUCCUUGUAUGAUCUGAUCGCUGACGGCAGGUAUAAAGAAACUAACGUCGGCCGCUCGCGAUGGAAACAGCUCAUCCAUGGAUCAUCAUUACAGCGUAAUUGCAACAGAGAGGGACUCAACGUGUUCUAUGGCAGAUCCACUGUUAAGGUUCGAUUGGGCAUCAUUGCGAACCAGGAAAAUGACUGCAACUCCCCCGACUCUUUCCUAGGCCUGGGUGCCAAUGAACGGGUUACGUUUUGUAGCCUCCGUGAACCUUCUCGUAACGCCGCUGGCAAUGCUGCUACGUGUUCAUCAGACAACGGAAACAAGAAUAUUAAAGCAAUGGGAUACAUACUGGUCCGUUAA